UUCGCGUGCUUGCACACAGUCAGUGAGUGAGGCGUAUAAGUAACCAACCAACAGGCACCGCGAGUUUCGUGUUGAUAUUGGCCACAUUGGCGUCUUCUCUGUCAUCGCCCCAAACGCGAAUUCAGUCUCCGGAGAAGUGUUUUUGUGUUCGGUUGUGUUUUGUCGGCUCGGUUCAAGAGUCUCGCCGUCGUGUAGGAGAAAGGGUUUGGGAUAUUAAAAGGGGGUGCUUAGAAGCAGAAAGUGAUAAAGAAGUGAAUUUCACUGUGGUGCAAAAAUGGAUGGUGAUAGUGCUCAAUCAAUCUGCGGAUUUAAACAACAAGUGACAGCGAUACCUCAAUACGGUUUAAAGCUCAAAUUCAAUCACGUUUACCCGGAGACCAGGAAUCAAAAUUUGAAACCAUCUCUUCGUCAAAUAUGGCCCAUUAUUCCAAUGGCUUUGAGGUACAUCCCCUACUACUGGAAGGUGUCACGCGAAAACCGCCAGGUCUUGAUGGACUACUGGUAUACCGAGAAUGGAAAACAGAUUUAUGGUGCCCCGAUUGGAGGCAUUGGCGCCGGGACGAUUGGGCGUGGAUUCGCCGGCGAGUUCUGCAGAUUUCAGCUCAAACCAGGCCUUUACGAGUACAACACGGUGCACGCGAAUCAGUUCAUCGUCACUAUAAAGGACGAAAACAACGUGACCAUUUUCCAGAGUUUGCUUUCCUCAUACAGCCGGCCCAAGAACCCUCUAUCCAGCUGGGAGACCUACAUCAACUCGUCAAAGUGUAACUACACGGCCCUGUACCCUCGCGCUUGGUCCGAAUAUGAUCUCAGCGACUACGGCAUCAAGCUGGUUCAGCGUCAGAUUUCGCCCAUCAUACCCCAUGACUACAAGGAAAGCUCUCUACCGGCGGCCGUUUUUGUAUGGACAGUGGAAAACGUCUGCGGCAAGGAUCGGCAGGUUACCAUCACCUUCACGUUCAAAAACGGGACCGGCAACAAAAAACAGGAUGCGGAAGGAAACAGCGAAACGGCCGAAUUUUCACACGGUUCUGCCAAAGGAGUCAGUAUUAAGCAAAGCAUUGUCGAUAUGCAGUCCACGUAUUGCAUCAGUUGUAAGACUUCUUCGGAAAUCAAUCUCACGCGCUGCAAAAAGUUUGAUCCGACCGGAAACGGUGAAAAGCUGUGGAAUGAUCUAAAAGAAAAUGGACAGCUGACGGAGGUUUCAGUGGAAGAAAAUUUGAAAAGUAAGGAUGUUGCUGUGGCUGUGAGUGCCCAAAUUCUAGUGCAAUCAACAGGUAGCUCUGAUUUGGAAUUUUCCCUAGUCUGGGACAUGCCAAAGAUUAGAUUCGGUAAGAAAACGAAGGAGUACUACAAGUACUAUACCAAAUACUUUGGGAAAUCUGGCGACGCGGGGCCAUCGAUAUCGGAUUACGCUCUGCAGAAUUUCGGAAAAUGGGAAACUCUAAUCAACGAGUGGCAGCGGCCUAUUCUGGAUGAUAAUGAUCUUCCAGAUUGGUACAAGAGUGCCAUAUUUAACGAACUGUAUUUCAUUGCCGAUGGUGGUAGCGUUUGGCUAACUACCGAUGAUGCUGAGCUUCCCUAUGAUGAUCCUAGACUAGCCUAUGGACGAUUCGCCUACCUUGAAGGGCACGAAUAUCGCAUGUACAACACGUACGAUGUACAUUUCUAUGCUUCUCACGCACUGGCAAGCCUUUGGCCAAAUCUACAAGUAAGUUUACAAUACGACUACAAAGACACUAUAAACCGCGAGAUUUCUGAAGGACGGAAACAUCUCUAUGAUGGAAAGAUCAUUCCGAGGAAGAUUAAGAACUCAGUGCCGCACGAUUUAGGCGAUCCAGAUGAGGAACCGUUUGAUCUGAUCAACGCCUACCCGAUUCACGACGUGUCCGAGUGGCGGGAUUUGAACACCAAGUUUAUCCUUCAGGUGUAUCGGGACUACUACACGCUCAAUCGCUACGCACAGCAAAAUGCCGAAAAUGCCAGCAAGUUUAGUUCAAUUGAGUUCAUCGACAAGGAAAGUAUGUACGAUACGUAUGUCCAGGACAAUCGUAACAAGGUAUCGCCAGAGGAGAAGCAGCAAAAUCGAAAAUCUGCUUCGAUGUACAUCAAUGAAACCAACGGGAAGGUGUAUCUAAUGGACGCCAUGACAUAUCUCAAGAGCAUGUAUCCUGCGUGUAAACAAGUUUUGGAGAAAACUUUAGAGUGGGAUAAGGAUAAUGACGGUAUUAUAGAGAACAGCAAAUGUCCAGAUCAAACAUACGAUACUUGGGUCAUGGAUGGGCCUAGCGCUUAUUGCGGUGGACUUUGGUUGGCUAGCUUGCACUGCAUGAUUGCGAUGGCAAAUUUGCUGGAUCAAAAUGACGAUUGUAAUAAGUUCCGUGAGAUUUUGGAGAAGGGUAAGACAUCUUUUGAAGAAAAACUUUGGAAUGGAACUUAUUACAAAUUUGACGGUCAAAGUGCAUCCAAAAACACAAUUAUGUCGGACCAGCUGUGCGGUCAUUGGUACUUACGUUGCUGUGGGUUUGAUUACGAUAUCUUUCCGAAGGAGAACGUUCGGACAGCCCUGAAAACCAUCUACGACAACAAUGUGAUGCGUUUUUGUGGCGGAAAUAUGGGAGCUGUCAACGGUUACGUGCCAAGUACGCAACCCAAUAAGGACGGUAGAGCAGAUGCAUCUACAGUGCAAGGAGAGGAAGUGUGGACCGGUGUGACGUACGCCUUGGCAUCAACCAUGAUUCACGAGGGAAUGUUCACCGAAGCUUUCCAGACCGCUGGCGGAAUGUAUCAAACGUUGUCCGAAAAAAUUGGCAUGAACUUCGAAACACCCGAAGCACUGUACGCAGAGCGUCACUAUCGGGCCAUAGGUUACAUGCGACCACUCAGUAUUUGGUCUUUGCAAACGGCUUGGGAGCAGAAGAAGCAGAACAGAGAUUAGAUUACUUUCUGCAUAGCAGACGUAAAUGCUAUUAUUAAUAUUAUUCUUAUUAUAGUGGCUUUCCGCCCUUGGCGAGUUUGCCAAACGAAAAUGCUAUAGAUUUUCAGCUUUGAAACAAAAGCAAAGCUCGUGCUUUUAAAACCGGUGCCGUUUUAGAAAUCUAAUAUUUAAAGAAACGUACUAUUCUCGCAUGCGAUGCGUUUUAAGUUAUAUAGAUUGUUUUGCUUAUUUUCUUCAAAGUUAUUAACGAAAAGUGCAAAAUACAAUCAGUAGAUUAUUAGAAUGACACGCAAUUUUGACUAGGAAACCUUUGAAAAAACCUUUUCGACCCGUACACAAAAUUUGUGAGCCUUGUCCAGGAAGACACCAGGCGGUGCUAUUGUUUUUUUUUUUUCGACAGGAUUAUUUGAUGGGUGUAACUAAAUCAAUUUCAACUGCCAUUCAUAGACUUCCAUCACACCCCAACACCUUUAGAUUUAAAUAUUGCGAUUCGUUAUUCUAUAUAAAACCAUUAUUUGUAUUAUUAACCGAAGAUCUUAUUGGCUUGUCGAUUAUUUAGUAUAUUGACUGAUGGAUCACCACUACACGCGCGCAACACCUCGAUGCUGUAUUGCCAAAAGAGGCUUGAUCAAAGUCGGGUACGUAAGACGACGAAACGAUUGGUGUCGCAAGCCGAGAUGUCCAGGGAUAAAAGUAAGAACAUUUU